UAUCUCUCUGCCUUAUCUGCAGUGGUCGAUCCUGCUGGUCGAGGUGGGCUGGAGCUGCCUUAAUUGGAGUCACCUGUGGUUAAUGAUUGAGCCGCUGCCGUUUGCGGGUAUAAAGGGAGCAGAAAGCCACUUUUAACUUUACUUUUGCUGCCUGCCACCAUGUCUUUUGCUGGAAAGUACCAACUUGAGUCCCAGGAGAACUUUGAGCCUUUCAUGAAGGCGAUUGGUGUUCCUGAUGAACUCAUCCAGAAAGGCAAAGACAUCAAGAGCACCUCCGAGAUCGAGGUGAACGGCAACAACUAUAAAGUCACUGUCACAACUGGCUCCAAAGCCCUUGCCAACUCCUUCACCAUCGGACAGGAGACUGAGCUGGAGACGGUCACUGGAGAGAAAAUCAAGGCGGUGGUUCGGCUGGAAGGCAACAAGCUGAAGGUCAGCCUGAAGGGAAUCGAGUCAGUCACUGAGCUGGUGGAUGCCAACACACUUGUCAACACAAUGACUCUUGGAAGCAUUGUGUACAAGAGGAUAAGCAAACGCGUGUGAAUGUCUGCACUUGGGGUAAUAAAAUGUGAACGAAAAAAAGCA